UCUAAUCCAGCUCUAGUCCGAAUAGCAAAACAAAAAAAAAUUCUUAGCGAGCGGUUGUGGUCGUCGGUCGUAAAAUAGCGCGCCUCCGCGAAUGACGCAGACUAAAAGCUUCCACUUGGAUGACAAUCGGCUAAAUAACAUUCAACAAUAGUGGGGCACUUGCAAAUUACCGUUGCAUCGAGCUUUGCAAACAACAACAGCUGCGACAAACGGCAAAGCAGUAACAACAACAACAAAGAACACAAGAACGGAAUUUUGUUAUUGACGCAUAAAGCAGAAUCGCAAUUUAGCCUGUGAACAUUUUCUAAAACGCCAAUCAUGUCCGACGCGGCCAAGUCCAACAACAAUGCGUCUGCCGGUGCACCUGAUCCGGCCACUCCUGAUGUCGCUGGAGGACCUGGCGAGGCCAAUGACGCCGUUCCGACAACUCCACGUGGCAAUCACAACAACAACAACAGCGCCAACGGUAGCGGCAGCGGCAAAAGCAAGAACAAACUGAAGUCAACACAGAACAGCAGCGGCGGGGGGAGCAUUGACAAGCUUUCGCCAGAUCAGGACAUCUUCAUCAACGCCGCCGACGGUCUGCCCAACCAGCAUCCCUCGCUGCCGAAGGAGGGGGACGUGGACAGCGACACGGAGCCGGAGGUGGACGCGGACUCGUUCGACGACCUACCCACCUCGAUCAUCGUGACCAACAUCCACUCGGAGGUGUUUACCAAUCCGGAGCUAAAGCACGCCAUGGAGGAGCUGUUCCGCACAUUUAGCGAAUCGGCCACGUUCCAGUGGCUGCGCAGCUUCCGCCGCAUGCGGGUGAACUAUGACAACGCCAUUGCGGCGGCCAAUGCGCGGAUCAAGCUGCACCAGUACGAGUUUAACAAGAAGACGGUGAUCACCUGCUACUUCGCCCAGCCGGUGACACCGGUCAGCAACAAGAACCUGCAGCCGCCGGCGCCGGUCAAACAGUUCCUCAUCUCGCCGCCCGCCUCGCCGCCAGCCGGUUGGGAGCCACGCGAGGAGGGCGAGCCCCUGGUCAACCACGACCUGCUGGCCGCCCUGGCCAGCCUCACGCCCGGCGAGUCGCACGAGCUGCAUCCCCAGAGCGAGGACCAGCCGGCCAUCAUUGUGCACACGGCCAUGCUGGCGGAGGCCGGCACCACAGGUCUACAGGUGAAGGCACCGAUCGUCCAGACCAAGUGCCCGGAGCGGGCAUAAUCAUCAGGCCGCGGCGAAGCUAAAGCUUAAGCUGAACACUUGAGUUGUAGGCCCAAAACGAACUGGACAACGGGCUGGGUUCUCAUGCUCCGCGAAAGGAUGGGGCUUGGAUUGAGUAUUUUAUGUAAAUAGUUUCCGAUUCGAUUGUGAUUAUUUUACACAUACAUAUAUUUAGCUACGUU